AUGGUAUCCAUGGUCCCGUGCUGAUGAUCCAUCCAGGCACUAUACGUACGGUCUCAGCCGACGGCAACUUAAGUAGUGCGGGUCGCGGCCGCCGACGUCUCUGACGACGAAGCGAGCAAGGGCUCCUGAUGCGUUGCACGGACAAGAAACUUUAAUGGCGGCAGCGAGGCUCCAUCUACCGCUGAAGAGGAUGUCGAGCUGCCUGCAUUGCAUGCGCAGAUGCCCAGUAGCUCUCAGACUUGUCUCCAUUGUUCUGCACUGGAUGGAUGCUUUGUGUCGUUCCAUUAAUACUUUGGAACCCGGCCUCUUGGUCGUAUGGAAAGAAAGUGUCACACCUAACCAGCCUGAACCCGCGCAUGGCAGGGCAUGGCUGGCAGCUCAGGAAGCAUCACGCGGAGGACUCAUCAUUUUUGUUUUUUUAGGGAACGUAGAGGACUCAUCAUGGUUCUCUUUUUUUUCAUGGUAAUACGUGUCUCAUUCAUAUCAUAAAGAACAAAGUACAAGUCACGUAAAGACCGACAUGACAAAACUGAAAAGAUAACAGAACAUCUCUGAGCUUGACACCAACGCCCGUCACCUGGAGUCAAUUGCAAGAAACCACCACAUUUGUGGCUAGGUUUGCAGGAAACUACCAAGUCGUUAAUCUGUUGCAAAAAACACCGUAAAAUCUCUUAACCCGUUGCAAAAAGCACUGAACAGCCGUUUAGCCUCGUUUGAUCUCUUUUCCGACAGGUGGGCCCCGAAAACGCGGACGUGGCUUGACGGACAGACAAACAGCGCCGUUAGGAACAAAACGGUCAAGACGCCGCGCCGGUCGGUCCUGUCGGUGCUCGCCAGACAGAUCCCCCGCGCCCCUUCUCUCUCUCUCUCUCGCCCCUCUCCUCUGUCUCCUCUCUCUGGCUCUGGUCGCCGUCGGUGAGAAGCCAGCUCGCCGCCGUCCGCCAUGGUUUCGUGGAGCGACGACAACGAGGAAUCGGGCUACGAGUACUCUUCAGGCGGCUCCCCUAUCAAGAUCCCGGCUACAAUCGAGGACCCGAACUACUCUGGUGUUGGUGAGGUGGUGGUGAUGUGUGAGCAUGGCCAGCCAGCAAAGAGGCAUGUUUGCUUCUCAGGCAUUAGCACUGGGAGGAGGUUCCUUGCCUGUGGACUUGAUGAAGCAAGCAGCUGUGGUGUUGUUGAGUGGGUAGAUGAGGAGUGGCCAGAGCAUCUGCAGAAUGCUCUUCACAAACUAUGGCUUUUGUAUGAGGAUUGCCAGCGUGCUAAUAGGAUGGCAUGUCUGGACCAUGCAUCACUUGUCCACAAUCUCACAUCAUAGAAGAACAAGCUACAGGAGACUUAUGAGAAGCUUGUUGAGGAUGUGAACAACCUACUUGAUACCCAAGACAAUAUUCCCAAUGAAAAUGAAGUUCAACAAGGUGAACAUGAGGAGAUCACUCCUCCUUUGGACAACAAUAUUUCAGCUUUGAAGGAACGGCUGGGUGCAAUGGAUGCUGAGAACAAAGAACUGAAGCAAAAGGUUGACCAGUUGAGGAGCAUUCAGGUUGCCCAAGGUAAUGUGAUUAGGAAUCUGAAGUUUGCUCAUUUGAAGGAGAAGGAAAAGUUGAGCACUGAGAGGAGGAAUUUGGAGUUUCACAUUGCUGAUCUUGUCAAAGCUAGUGACAAGAACAAGAGAAAGCUGAAGGACAUCAAGGGUAUUUGUGAUGAAGAGUGAUUUGUAAUCUGACCAUGUGGGUCAUUAUCUUAAGUUUCAAGCAUUGAACUAUGGCUUGUAAUGUGUGAACUAGUGGCAGUUUGCAGUAUUUGAAGUAGGGUGUAGCCUUGAACUAUGUCUUGUAAGCUUUGAACUAUGGUGUCAUGAUGUUAAC